AUGCCGCAUAUCGAUCUGGACAAAGAUGAUGGGAUUGACGUCCCACCAGAGGUGUUGGCUAAUCCCAACAUCGACUGGAUGACAUCCUCAAAUCAGAAUGAUGGCUUUGAUGAUGUGUUUGAAGACGCCUUUGCUCCACAAGAACCGCACACCAGCAUCGACCAUGGGACGCCUAAGAUGUGGACCAAGUUUGGUGAGACGGAGGAUGAGGAGGAAGACCGCAUGAGCGUGAUGGAACAGGUCGAUUUAUCCUCAAUGUCGCCUGCUCCGAGUCCGUCCAUCUAUGACUCGGGUCCCGGGGACCUUUUCGAGGGCAUAGAUGUCGAAAUUCUCGAUGCUAUUGAGCCAGAGAUGCCAAUCGAAGAAGAUUUUGGGCUCGCAGUCGACCAAGCCGGUGCCACAGCUGAGUCGUUGGAACAAGAGGAUGGCACCGCGGUCAAGGUCGAUACACCGGACCUUCCUUUGUGCAACUCUGUCAGAGUUGAGAUUCCGGAGGCUUCAUUGCUAAUCCCGCGGUCUUUUUACGAACCUUAUGAGCCUGGUGUGCCAAUCGACGAGGAACACAAGGUCGUCAGUCAGCUCCUGGAGGUAACAAAACAGGAAGAUCAAGAUGCCGAUAACUUCGUUGAGUUUGAGCUCAAUGACUUUGCCGUUUACUGCGAGCGCAAACAGUAUGAACAUGAGAUGUGCUCACUUCAUCAUCUGGAGACAAAGACAGGUUACAGCAAAAUGUUCUUCGACGGGAAGCUGAGUGUAGGAGACGUGGCUUUCUUUGUCCGGCACGUACCCAUACGAGCUUUGCCCAUUGGCGAUUACGGUGCUCUAUCCAAGCACACUGUACGCGAUCAAAUCUGGGUUCAGUCAGCUACGAACCUCAAGAAAGACAUCUACUACAGACUAAACCGUCCCGCCAAAGAGUACCAUCGUUUCUUCGACCCAUUUCUAUGGGUUGCCGAUCUCGCCAAACACUUUGUUGACUAUCUUAAGGUGAUGGGAGAAAGCGAAAAUGGUGUCACAAUCUUCCAUUUCCGUUCAAGUUUUAGUAAUUGGUUGGCCAAGACGCACAAUACAGAUCCCGUCUUUGUAUCAUGGAGAGAGCAGCAUCCAAGUGCCGACUUUCGAACCUCUGUUGUCGCGAACUUGGCCUUUUUACACAAGGAAGUUAUCGGCGUCCUGGGCGACUCUGGAACCUACUACCACACCUUGUGGGCUGAGAUAUGGGAGUUCCGACGGUAUGAGCGCUUUCCAAAGAGCAAAGAGAGCGGUAAGGAGGCGCGCUUGAAGUCAUCCAGGUCUACGAGUCGGACGGCGUCACCCGCAGAUCAAGUAGAUUGCGACCAAGGAAAAAACGACAAAGGCGUUCCCCCAACAAUCGUCACUCAGUAUAUCCAUGAUUGUUUCAACCAUCUACCUUUCGGUGAUCGCCUCGAAGCAAUGUCACUAAGCGAUGAGACGGAGUUGCUGCGGAAUGAACUGAUACAGAAGCGACACCUGGAGCUUCCGGCGCCUCUUCACCAGAAUGCUAAAAGCAUUUCAACAGCUAGCCAACAGCAAAUUCGAGACAUCCAACCCGGAGAGACUAUUUCGACGCAGAGGGAUGGCGAGCACUCUGGCACAAAAUGGCGACGUGAUCUUUCGCAUGGGUCCAAUGACGUUGAUCGUUGGCUCGCUCUUGUACAGCGCGUGCGCGUUAACAAGAAGGGCAUCCGGACUUUCGAUGUGAUUUGGUACUAUCGGCCUGUCGAUACCCUCUGUGCUUUAAUGAAGUACCCGUGGAAUAACGAGCUAUUCCUCUCUGACCAUUGCUCUUGCGAUGAGCGUUCCAAGAUUUCUGAAGAUGAAAUCAUGGGUGUUCACGAGGUUGAGUUUGGAGGAACAUCAACCACCAAAGCGGAGUUUUUUUGUCGCCAGACCUAUGCUGUUACUGAGCGGAAAUGGAUUACCUUUGAAAAGGACCAUCUAAAUUGCCCACAUCAGCGCAAAACUCCCCAGGUGUCGCUUUAUCAGCCCGGCGAGACUCGGCUCGUCAUGCUCGAUAAGGCGAGCGGCCGGUCCGAGCCUUGCGAGUUCAUAACCUUUUAUGAAGAGGAUGGUAUUGGUAUCUACAGAUUCCGACGGCUCCUGCGGAGACAUCAAGUUGACCCCCAGGUAUCAAAUGCUCGACCGAAUGAGCUGGUGUAUAGUGAGAACCUCAUCGAGGUAAAGAGUCGACGCAUUCUUGAGUCCUGUUACGUCCGUUUCUUUCAAGGUCAAGAAAAGAUACCAACGCCCUAUGAUCGGGAUGGUGUGGGCAACUUUUUCUACAUUACGCAUGAAGAAGUCAUUGACGAAGAGACUGCUGCAAAGUCAUACUUGCCUCUCGAGGCAUUGCCUUCCUCACUUCGUCAAGGAUUUGAUCCGUCCGAGCCGCUGCAAAAGUUGCGCGGACUCGAUCUUUUCUGCGGAGGCGGAAACUUUGGUCGUGGCCUCGAAGACGGAGGUGGUAUCGAGAUGCGGUGGGCAAACGACUAUGACAGAAAAGCCUUGCACACCUACAUGGCUAACACUUCGGGUCCUGGUGCGGUACACCCAUUCCUAGGCUCGAUCGACGAUAUGCAACGUUUCGCCAUUCAAGGCAAGUUCACAGAGAACGUUCCUCCGAUUGGAGACGUUGAUUUCAUCUCUGGCGGCAGUCCUUGUCCAGGUUUUUCUCUCUUGACAAACGACAAAACCACAAUCGCACAACGAAAGAACCAAUCCCUCGUUGCGGCUUUCGGCUCGUUUAUCGACCUUUAUCGGCCCCGUUAUGGUCUCCUGGAGAAUGUCCCCAGCAUCAUCCACAGCAAACUCAAUCGCGAUCAGGACGUGUUCAGCCAACUUAUCUGCGCAAUUGUGGGACUUGGGUAUCAAACACAGUUCUUCUUCCUUGAUGCUUCGUCCUGCGGUUCCGCUCAGCGCCGCUCCCGGGUUUUUGUUGUUUUUGCCGCACCAGGUCACCAUCUUCCUCAGCGACCGCAUAUCACGCACGCCUAUCCACAGCAUACCCAGAAAUAUGGGAUUGGGAGUACCCCAACUGGUGACUCCAUGGCGGAGCGAAUCAUACCCGUUGCUACACCCUUCGAUUUUGUCUCUGCUCGUGCUGCAACCGCCAGCCUUCCCCCAGUUUAUGACUCCAAACCGGAUAUAUGCGUCCCAUAUCCCGAUCAUCGCGUGUCCAUUGGUAUGACAAGCAAUGUUCGUUCUAGGAUCAGUCUCAUCCCCACUCGACCCUGGGGCAUGAAUUUUGCUCAGGCAUGGUUCGGCCUGGACUGCAAGAAGGCUGGCUCAGGCGUUCUCACGCCUUCCGAACGUCUCAACUUCCCGGAGGAAGGUCAAAAGUCACUGCAUCGGGUGGCCCCUGCUUCCAAAGCAUAUGGCCGACAGCGUCCCGACCGUCUUAUCGAGACGAUCGUGACAAGUCAAAGCCCGGAUGACGCUAAGAAUGGUCGAGCGCUACACUGGUCUGAGAACCGUGUUCUGACCAUUAUGGAGGCGCGCCGAGCACAAGGUUUCCGCGAUCAUGAGGUCUUACUGGGUAAUCCGCCGGAUCAAUGGAGGAUUGUUGGAAACAGUGUUGCGCGAGAGGUGGCUGUCAGCCUAGGCACUAUGUUUCGCGAGGCUUGGGCUCAAAGCCUUGCGGAUGAGCAUCAUACUAAAAGCGAUAUUGAUGUUACCCCUGCCAUCAAGAGCUCUUCCAAGGUGCCAGUCCGUAUGGGCGUUGAAGCCUCGCCAUCCGUAAACGUUGAUGAGCUUGUUUCUAAGUCGACAUCUCCCGACAACAAACGCCUCCAUUCGCGCAAAUCACGAAGUCAACCUCGCAUAAGCCAAGCCAUAUCAGCAUAUAGCCCUACUCCUUCACCAAUAUCGAAACGCAGUUCUGUCGCCAUUGAGGUACGCGUGUCAAAGUCACCAAAGUCUGAGAAAGAUGACUCGCCUAGCAGAGGGACAUCCGUGGCCUCUAGCCAUACCAGACCGAGUCGGCUGCGGCAUACCAUGACAAACGAGUAG